AUGCAAACAAGACGUCAGGGACACGAACUAGUACCUUUUGACCCUGAAAUCGAAGCAACAGCAAGAAAACUCAACUCUAAGCAAAGAAGGCGAAGAAAUAAGAGAAGAGAAGAUUUAAUCAUGGCUGAAACACCAGAGAAACCCCUCCUGGAUUAUAUCACUCCUGAUGCUAGCAUUGUCACUACAAGCAUUGUGAGGCCAGAGAUUUCCGGGAACCAGUAUGAGAUCCGGUCAGCAUUUUUCAACUGGAUCGCUCAGGACCAAUUUCAUGGUAUUGAGAAUGAGAGCCCAACCGACCACAUUAAUCUGUUCAUCGACAAGUGCAUGACACACAAGUACAACAACGUCACCUCCGAUCAAUUAAUGUUAAUAGCUUUCCCUUUUUCUCUUGCGGGGGCGGCUAAACAGUGGCUUCGUGAGGAAGAACCCAACUCCAUUGCUACUUGGGAGGCUCUGAAAAAGGCAUUCUUGCAUCGAUACGACCCACCCGGAAAAACUUCAAAGUACCGAAAUGAGAUCUCUACUUUCAAGCAAAAAGACGGGAAAUCACUCUAUGAUGCAUGGGAGAGAUUUAAAAGUCUAAUCAGAAAGUGCCCACAUCACGGAUUACCGGAUUGGAUGGUUAUUGAGACAGUCUACAAUGCUUUGAGGCAUGAGAUCCAGACUUCUUUGGAUGCUGCUGCUGGGGGUAACUUCAUGAUGAAAACACUGACCCAGGUCAAGAAAAUUCUUGAUGAUAUGGCUUCAAAUUACCACUGGCGAGAACAAUCAACUCCAAGGCGAGGUGGUAGGUCUGAAGUGGAUGCUAUUGUUGCUUUGACUAAUAAUGUACAGGCUUUGACAAGGAAGGUUGAGCAAUUGGAUGUAGCUGCAAUAAAUAAAGUCUGUGGUGCUUGGGGCUUAAAUGGGCAUUCUAGUGUCGAUUGCCAACUUCAAGCCGAAGGGGUUGCUGCUGUGGAACAAGUCAAUGCCAUCCAAAAUCAGAAUGCGAGACAACAAUACAACCCCUACUCGAACACCUUCAAUCCAGGAUGGAGGGAUCAUCCAAAAUUUUCCUACAAAAACAACAAUGCGCAGAAUCCCUCAUCCUCGUACAACAUACCAUCGGGUUUCCAACAAAGGCCUCCCUUCCCACCUCAACAACAACAUCCACCGAAGUCCAACCUUGAGAGCUUGAUGGAGAACUUUAUUGCUACCCAAAGCAAGCAAAAUGAAUACUUCAGCACCUCCAUUAAUCAGAUUUUGGCUCACAACAAAAUGAUCGACACUCAGAUGGCUCAGAUGGCUCAGCAAUUGAGUACUAAUGAUGAUGUUUCUGAAGAAAGGAAAGAUGAGCCAGUAAAUUCAGACAAGUCCAUAACCGCCGGUCGAACUUACACACCAACAGUGCCAUUUCCGUCUAGAUUGGCACAGGCGAAGCUUGAGCAAAAAUAUGGAAAAUUUCUUCAAGUAUUGAGCAAAUUACAGCUCAACAUCCCCUUCUUAGAAGCCAUUAAGGAAUUGCCCUCUUAUGCUAAAUUCCUCAAAGACAUCAUUUCCAACAAACGCAAGCUAGAGGAGAGUGUGGUGGAAACUCUGAAUGGGCAAUGUAGCGCUAUUUUUCAGUGCAAGGUUCCUAAGAAACAAGCUGAUCCUGGUAGUUUUACUAUCCCACUGAAGUUGGGGAACGAUGUGUCUGCUGUAGCCCUUGCUGAUUUAGGGGCUAGUGUGAGUGUGAUGCCGUUAAUAUUAUGCAAAAAGAUUAAUGGCGAGAUGAAAGCCACUCGGAUGUCCAUACAAUUAGCCGAUCGAUCUGUGAGAUACCCAGUUGGUAUUCUUGAGGAUUUCCCCGUCCAAGUUGGUAAUUACUUCGUACCCUGCGAUUUCGUCAUUAUAGAUAUGGAAGAGGAUGCCUGCAUUCCGGUGAUUUUGGGUCGUGAUUUUUUAAAGACCACAACAGCCAAUUUUGAUGUGAAGAAUGGGAAGUUAUCACUUGAGAUUUUGGGAGAAGAGCUGCAUUUCCAUCUCCCCUCAUCCAUGGCAUAUCCUGCCAUUGGGGAGACUGUUUAUCGGAUGGAUGCGAUAGUUGACGCUACUCUAGAGAGGAAGUCCACACCCUCCAUUGUUGAUCCACUUUAUGCAGCUAUUGAGGGCAAUUACGAGAAGGACAGAGCCGAUGUGAUUGAGAUGGUCCAAGUUUUAGAUGUUGCACCUACAUUCGUUCUUGCAAAAACUAAGUUUGAGGACAUCCCUCCUUGGAAGGUGUCCACCAUUGAGGAACGAAAAAAGUGUACUACGCCUCCUCAGGGGUUAUGUCUUGUCCUUCUAGAUGCUCGAAAUUUCGCUGGUGAAGUUCAUUCAAGAUUGGUUUUGAAGUCUUUUUCGAAGGAGAAGGAUAGCAAGGUUAAAGUGAAAGUCUUUAGAAUGUUAUUUGUAUUGGAGAGAUAA